GCACCUCUGUGUAUAGUAAAAGCUAAACAGUCGGAGUCACGAAUCUUAAUGCGCUCAUCGGUGAAAUACUACAUAAUUUAUUUGGAUGAAUAAAUUGACUCUGAACUCAAAGACACAAUUUGAGGAAAAUAAGUUUUUCGAUUAAAACAGUUGCACUUUUCGUCGUUACUAUACCAGCCAUUGCAGAGAUGAUCCACGAGUCUAUGUUUUCCUCCAAAUGGGGUGAAUUAGUUUUUAACCUUUGGUACUGCAUCAACCCAUUGACAAAUUGGACUAUUCACGUAAUCGACGGUGCGAAAGGAAACAGAAUGAGCUCAGUCUUGUUACUAUUACUAGCGGUUGGGACUUUGGCCAAUCAGGAACCAUGUUCCUCAGGCCAGUUCACAACCAGUGAAGAAUGCUGCAAGCAGUGCCAGCCUGGAGAAGGAGUUCUGAAGCUGUGUGGAGCCACUCAGACGGUCUGUGACCCCUGCCUCGACAGUGAGACAUUUUCAGAAAUCUUCAGCCACAUAGAAAAAUGCCAGCCUUGUACGCAUUGCACGGGCCUCCUUCGCAUGCAGACGCCUUGCACUGACUCCAACAAUGCCAUCUGUGUGUGUGACUACGGCUACUACCUGAACAAGUUGUCUAACCGGUGUGAGCGCUGCACCAAAUGCCCUGAGGGCCAGGGUAUGGAGUACGGCUGUGACCAUGAUCGUGACACGGUGUGUGAGGAAUGCACCAGGGACUCCUACUCUGACCAGGAGAGUUCCCGGGAGCCUUGUCUACCCUGCACCAUUUGCGAUGAGGGAGAGCUGGAAGUAAAAGCCUGCAACUCUUCCAGUGAUACUGUCUGCCAAGAUCUAAACCCUCGCUUGUCCUCCAUUUCGCCCUCUCUCUCUCCGGGGUCCUCGAUGCCCCCCUUCACAGAUGAGGAUCUCCUGCCAGACACCACCACGGAGAGCCCCACCACCAGUGUGGACUUCCCCAAGUUCAUCUACCAGGGUCUGAAUGAACACCUCAUUCCUAUCUACUGCUCCAUCCUGGCAGCCGUUGUUGUUGGCCUUUUGGCCUUCAUUAUUUUUAAGAGGUGGAACAGCUGUAAGCAGAACAAGCAGGGCGCAAACAACUGCACAGCCAAUGAAACUCAGAGCCCAUCAGCGGAAGGAGAGAAACUGCACAGUGACAGUGGCAUCUCUGUGGACAGUCAGAGCCUGCAGGACCAACAAGGCCCGAGCCACACACACACAGUGGUCUCUGUAGAUGAAGAACCUUGCCUGCUCCUUCCCCUCCACACACAAGAGGAGAUGGAGAAGCUCUUGUACAAGGACUCUGAAGGGGUGGGGUUGGAUCACUCAGAGGAUAGUGAUUGGUGCAAUCUAGCAGGUCUUCUGGGUUACAAGAAAGAACGCAUCGCUGACUUUCUCCAGGAGGAAAAUCCUGUCCGUGCACUGCUUUCUGAUUGGGCAAGCCAGGAUUGUGCCAGCAUGGACAAACUCUGCACAGCUCUUCACAAGAUCAACCGGGAUGACAUUACUCACAGCUUGAUCCUCAGCCCCAGUGGCACCAAGCCUACUGCCACAUCGGCAGUGUGACAGGGCCACUCCCACAGUACACCCACAGUUUCACCUGUAACACCAAUGUUGAGAUAAUCUCACUGAAAGAUUAUAGCCAUGCCAACAUUUAAGGUAUUUUUUCCUGAAUGCAACAUGAAACAUUGCAUCAGAUUCCCUGUGCGAUUGCAACUGAAUUUGUAAAUAAUGUAUUUAUUAUCAAGUUCUCAAAUCACUGAAACCUCUAGCUUUUUGCAGCAAUCCAUUAACUGAAGGAUCAACAAGACACAUCUGUACCACAAAUUGUAUUUCCUAUCUUUCAGUUUUUUCAUCAGUGUCUUAACAUUGAGGUAAGGUCAAGCUUGCAUUGUAAUAUGUUGGGGGGUUCUAUCAGCACUGCCAACUACAAGAGGUCAUGGAGGAAGGACACACGACAACUGACUGACACAUUUCGAUGAAACAUGUAAGGAGAUCAUAGGAUCAGUCUGGGAAUAACAGUCACUAACAACAAGAAUAGGUGUAUUUGCUGUGAUUGAACCUAAAGCCCUUUGGUAAAAGGCACUAUGCACACAAACCCCACCCACCACCUUGCACCUUGUGAAGCCUUGUUUUCAUCUUAGUACACUUUCUUCUUACUCUCUCACUUAGCAUAGUGUUACAUAACUCUUAAAAUCUGUAUGUGCAGUGAAAUCUUCAUGACAUUGCAAACAUACUUACAUAUUGUAGCAUAGAGGAGCUUCGCUAGUAUUAGCAAUGUACAGAAAAAACUUGCCAACUGGCUACAAAGUAGAUAAUGACCCACUAAUCAACAUGAAAUCAACGACCAUACAUUAACCCUCUUUUUUUAUUAUUGCUAACAAUUAGUAUUUUGCAUCAAUUUAAUCCAUAUGUUUAGUAUUUCACCUCAGUAUAUUUGAAUAGACUGUCCAUCUGACUUUCUGUACUUGGAAUUAGUCUGAAGACCUAACCUCCUAACCUUUAAAAAUACUUAGAAUAAGAUUCUAAUGGAUCGACAGUCGCAACACGGUGGUCUGUGCUGUAACUCACUAUGCAGUAUGACUCCAGAUUGAGUCACUGAGGAAAUACACAUGGAAACAAUACACAUUUACAAACACAAACACGUACUGUACAUGUACACACAGGUCAUACACAAUGAGAACACACAUAAGUGAGGGCUCGGUUUCACAAUUUAAAGAUGAUAUGCUCACUGCCAGAGUUAUAGGAGAGUGUGUAGUUUUAUGUCGAUGUUAUGUUGAAUAUACACAACAUAUUCAACGCAAAAACAUACAAACACUGCACAGACCCAACAUACAGUUAAACACAACGCCAUUUCUAUGAAUAUGGCAUAAAACUCCAGAAAUGUUUCAAUUUUAGUUUUAUUCCUCAGGGUUUUGGGGUGGUUUCUUUUUAACUGAAAUGUAUAGAAUUGUGCACUGCUUCUAGUCACUAGUAUUGCACAUGGUAAUUUGGAUGAGGGGAAUUUUGGUUUGGUACAGUUAUCCCAGGUGUUUAAAACCUUACUCAGGUUGUGAUCUUGCAACUGCCAAUCCUUCAUACAUAAUCAUAGGAAUGGAAGCAGGUUAGAGAAUAUGUUAAAAGUAUCUUAGUUCCUUGUUGCCUUUUGAAUUAAGGGCUACUUAUUAGACUGUUGGAAACAAAUACCCGUAAAUUCCAUGCUUUGCAAACUAAAACGCUGGAGUCAGGUGGCUGAGCGGUGAGGGAAUCAGGCUAGUAAUCCGAAGGUUGCCAGUUCGAUUCCCGGUCAUGCCAGCUGACGUUGUGUCCUUGGGCAAGGCACUUCACCCUACUUGCCUCGGGGGAAUGUCCCUGUACUUACUGUAAGUCGCUCUGAAUAAGAGCGUCUGCUAAAUGACUAAAUGUAAAUGUAAAACCAUAAAUGACAGGAAGUCACGUAAAUAAUCUACGCUAAUAUACUGCAUAUGCAAGGCAUCAUAUUUUUUUUAUAUAACUGACUCAAUGAAUCGUUAAAGAUUAUGGUAAGAUUAUGGACUAAGGCCCAUAGUCCUUCUUUCAAUUACUAUUUAAAAUGUGCUUAACUAAAUUGUAUUUAAAUCAUUUUUAAUUAAAAUGUGUUAUGGAUUCUUUUCUAUCUUUGAAAUGAGAAACUGCAAUUGGGCUAGCAUUGUAAUGGUUGUUUCGUCUGGUGCAAACUAGCUAGCAAUGCUAUUUUCAUAGCAACACAAAAUGAGCCUAAGUAACCAAAGCUAGUGAAUGUGUGGCACAGUAAUAAUUGUAAUGUAACUGUGCUGUGGUUUAACCCGUGGUGUUAAAACUACUCAAGAAACCACCCAAGCUCAGACAACCAAAUGUCUGUCUGUUAAUCAAACAUGAAUAUUUUCCACCGGUCAGAUAUUGAGAUUGGAACUACCUGUUGUACAAAAAUUAACUAUAAAUGAAGGCUAAUCAUAAUUUUGCUUUUGUAUAUUUGUAAUAAUAAUAGUUUCCCCCUUUUUUUCUAAUCGGGCAAGUUCUAGCACUUAAACGUUUUAAAGCUGUAUAUACUGUAUUUUGCAUCACAGGUGCCUGUUCUGUUUCAGGUAACAAAUAAUUGUAUUGUGUCAGGAAUGCAUGUUAAAUUUCUAAUAUUAAUAGUUUUGCAAUUCAUCCUAAUGAAUUUGGUUAUUUUGAAGUCUAGGUGGUUCAUGAAAUUUGUGUCAGACCAGAUAUUUCUGUCCAAUCAGAGGGGCCGUUUGCGAACCCUACUUUAUUCCUUAAAGUAGUUUCUACAAUUAUGUAAUCGGUGAAGGCACCGACCCCCCUAUAAAGCCAAACCAAGCUUUUCCCCUUGUAAUAGAGCCAUAACAAUUACUGUAGUUUUACAUUUGGAAACUAUGACAAGGAAAGGAGCUGAAAACAGGCUCAUCUGUUCAAACAAAAUUCCCUUUGUUGCAGAGUAAAGUUAAAUAAUUAUUUUGCAUAAUCAAUUGAUUGCUAACUUACAUGUCAUGUUGCACUUCAAAGCAAGUAUAUUAUAGCUCAGAGGGAAAACAUUAUCUUAAUAGCGAAGGGAUUAUCCAUGCAAGACAGGGACAAGAGGAAAUGUGGAGAAGCAUCACAAGUUGUUGUGUUUUACUUCAUAGUAUCUCUUUAACCAUCGGGGAAAAUGUACAAAAUAACUGUUGAAUGUUAUACGUAGUGUUAUAUAUUUACUAACAUGUAUGCUGUAUUAUACAAAAGUGGAGUUCAAAAAUGUCUUAUUAGACAAGCUGUACAAACAACAAAUAAAGCCCUUAAAUUCA